GAGAAGGCUGCCGAGCGCGCUCCACUCCGCCGUGCGUUUGUUUCCCUCUCAGCCACCAAGUGCCCAAAGCACCGAUCCGUUCCGAGCCAAACCGAGCCAACCGGCGUGCGUCUGCGCCCUCAAACGCGCCCCCCACCCCCACCACCGCGCGCGCCCGCACAACAACCACCACUACCACCCCACCCUCGCCUCGCCUCGCCGUCUCCCCACCGCCGUUCUGUGGCAAUGGAGCCGUAACCAACCUCAGUGAACUGAGCCGAGCGUGUGAAACAGCGGAUACGAGGAGACAGCUGAGACCAGGCGGCUAUGGAGGAGAAGCGCAGGGAGGCUGGAGUCUAGACUGCACGCAAAUCAAACAGACCCACUUGUCCGGAUUACUUUUUGGCCACAUUUUUUUGAACUCUAUUAGCACUUAUUAGCACCGGGAUUUUCUUUUUUCUCUCUCUCUUCGUCUGAUCAUCUUAGGCUACCACUGCACGGCGAGGAUGCAGGGGAAGGAGGCGAGCUUUUGCACGGGAUGCUGGAGACUAACGCUGCUGUCGUGCGUCCUGGCUGUGCACUUGAUCCCGCUGUCUGUCCACGGAAACUUAGUCGGGACCAAUGCCACUGAGCCAGACAGCGCGGCCAAUCUUACCUCCCUGCUUAACGAGGAGGAGGGGCCUGUCAAGGUCAACGAGAUCUCAGCCAGCCCCAAUGCGAUCACCACUGUGAGCCCAAGGGCGGGUCGGAUCCCCCGUGCCGGCGAGGAGGAGGAUCAGAGCAGCGGCAUGUUCGGUGAAACGGUGGUUCCCGCUGUGGAGGAGGUAGGCGUGGCAGCCCCGCCCCAGCUCAGUCCUGAUUCGGCCGAGACAGAGCACCUGCUGCCUAGCAACCCACGUGGACCGGAAGUGAUGGAGGGCGAAGAGGAGGAGGAGGAAGAGGAGGAGCGCCUGCCACACACCGACCCACCUUGGAUCCACUCCAAAGACACAGCCGUGUUUGACCUUGAUCACCUUUUCACCACCACCGCCCCGCCCUCAGUCGCCACCAACCCCUCUAACCCCGACGUCCUCCAUGUGGACUUCUUCGACCCUUCCUCUCGUGGGCGCAACCUCGACCUGGCCCCACCCUCUCCUUCAUCACUGGCCCAUGAGCUGCAGGGUGGUGACCCGACCUCCUGGGCAAUGCCGGACAACUACGACUACCUCACACCCUACGAGGAUGGCGUGUCCCCCACUGCUGAUGAGUACACCUACAGCACCACGACUGACGCCUACGAGAGUGACGAAGACCUCCGGCUCUCCGCUGGGUCUCCGGCUCGCUCCAAGCCCCGUGUCCCAGGGUCUGGCUCCUUCAUCCCCGGGGCAGCACUUCCUGGCGCAGGAGCUCCAAAUGUCCCUGUGGCGGCUCCUCCAGCGGCCUUGCCAGUGGACGGGUCAGACGGGAUGGGGGGAUGCCGCGUGGGCUACCAGAUGGUGAACGGAAGUUGCCGCUCGCCCUGCGACAUGCUGCCCAACUACUGCUUCAACGGGGGACAGUGUUACCUGCUGGAGGGCAUGGGAGUCUUCUGCAGAUGUAAUGUCCAGGAUUACAUCUGGCACAAGGGUGCUCGCUGCGAGUCGGUGGUGACCGAGUUCCAGGUGAUGUGUCUGGCCGUGGGCGCUUCAGCUCUGGUGGUCCUGCUGCUCUUCAUGAUCGUCGUCUGCUUCGCCAAGAAGCUCCACGUGCUCAAGACGGAGAACAAGAAGCUGCGCAAGCGCAGCAGUAAGUACCGGCCUACAUCGGAGCAGCACAAUGAUAAUUUCUCGCUGUCCACCAUCGCUGAGGGCUCCCACCCAAAUGUAAGGAAACUGUGCGACACCCCUCCUAACGUCCCUCAUGCCCGUGCAUUGGCUUACUAUGAUAACAUUAUCUGUCAGGAUGAUCCUAAUUCCCAGAACAAGCUGGAGGACCCGGUGAAGGCCCCGCCCAAGGAGGACGACUCCCUCAACAUCCACAACUCUCUGACCCCCAAACAUGAGAACCACAAGGUCCUGGGCGAGGAGAACUCCUCGGAGGUAAACUCACUGCAGAACAACAUGAUGUGAAAACAAAACAAAAAACAAAACAACCCCAGCAACCUGACAACACGACACCGAAAACGAUAAGGUGCGCCGGCAACGGGAGCCCCCAAAUCCCUUCCUGCUCUCCGUCAGUCCGCUGCCGAGUGCGCCUAACCGGUCAACCAACCAACCAACCAACCAACCAACCAGCCUGCCAACGUACCAGCCAACCAACCCAGUCUGCAACAGUCUCCGACACGGCAACACUGCCACCAAGCGGCCCGGGCCGCUGCAAAAAAAACGCCACUACUACCGCCGCCACUGCCCCAGCUGAGAGUAACCCCCCUCCCACCAGCCUCACCCUGCCGCCGCCUUGCAACCCCCCCCCAACAUUCACUCACGCCCCUGUUUCGCAGCCCCGCCCUCCUUGUUGCUGUCACUCUACUCUCCCUUAUCUCUCUUACCUGCGCACACACACACACACACACACACACACACACACACACAUAUAAGAAUACACAUACAGUGAAAAGAUAAAAAACAUAAACACGCUUAUAUGUAUACACACAGACACACCUUCCCCUGCCUGCAUUGGUGUAUUUUGUAAAAAGAAAGAAAUCAUACAGAAGUUUAAAAACGUACGUAAAACGUCAUUGUAAAAAAAAAAAAUUAAGAUAAAGCUACUGAGAGGUUUUGAUGUUUGUCUGACUAAUCCAGUGAGUAUGUAUAAAUAUUGGAAAAAAAAAAUUUGCUUGGAUUGAUUUAAAAAGAAGCAACACAAUGUGUCUUGGUUUUCAUUGAUGUGAUUUCUAAUCCUUUGAUGUACUUGUUUUUUUGUUUUUUUUUGUACUUUUUUGGGACUUCGAACAGAGAAUAAACAAACAAGAUUCAGACAGUUGUUGAAAUAAACCUUUUUAACAUGA